CAAUCUCUGACGAUCUCGCAGUGGAGAGAACUUCUUCCACCAGGAGCUUCAACUUCCAGGACGAUGUCCCAUCACUUGGGAAGAACAAGGGCGACAAACUCACGACGAACGAGGAAUUCACAUUCAACACCACAGGAUGAGGUGUACGCUUUGUAACAUAGAAUAUUCUAAUGGGCGGUAACGGUAUAUUCCCCCGCGCGGUGACGUCGCGCCCGUGAUCCAGUACUGUGGCUGGAUCGUGUGGCGGUGGCGUCCUCUAGGUCAAACGCGUUGGGAGGGUUGUUCUAGGGUUUACGCAGCUCUCGGCGAUGGCGGAGCAUCUCGCCUCCAUCUUCGGCACAGAGAAGGAUCGCGUUAACUGCCCCUUCUAUUUCAAGAUCGGUGCUUGCCGCCAUGGCGACCGCUGCUCCAGGCUCCACAACAAGCCCACAAUCAGCCCCACGCUGCUGCUCUCGAAUAUGUACCAGAGGCCGGAUAUGGCGACGCCGGGGAUGGAUCUGAAUGGGCAGACGAUGGAUCAGAAGAAAAUCCAGGAGCAUUUUGAGGACUUUUACGAGGAUAUGUUUGAGGAGCUCAGCAAGUAUGGGGAGAUUGAAAGCCUCAAUGUGUGCGACAAUCUUGCAGACCAUAUGGUUGGAAAUGUGUAUGUGCAAUUUAGGGAGGAGGAAGAAGCUGCUGCGGCUCUGAAGGCACUAUCAGGACGUUUCUAUGCAGGUCGACCCAUCAUCGUUGAUUUUUCGCCUGUGACCGAUUUUCGAGAAGCUACAUGUCGUCAGUACGAAGAAAACACUUGUAACCGUGGAGGCUACUGCAACUUCAUGCACUUGCGACGCAUUGGAAGAGAGUUACGGAGGCGGCUGUUUGGAGGCUACAGAAGACGAGGAGGACGCAGCAGAAGCCGCAGCAUGAGUCCUCGCAGGCAAGACGACCGUCGCCACUACGACGAUCGACGACGGAGGUACGAUGAUCGAGGAGGUAACUACGAUCAUCACAGCAGGUACGAUCGACCGCGGAGGCGAGAUGGCAGCCGCAGCCGCAGUCCUCGAUCGCGCGGCGGCCGGGAAGGCAGCGUGGAGAGGCGAGCCAGGAUCGAGCAAUGGAACAGGGAGCGAGAGGAGCACGGCGGAGGCGGCGGUGGCGGCGAAGCGAAUGGAAACCAGCUUCCAUACGGCGCCGAGUGAAUCGCAACGCUCUCUGCUGCUGCUUGUCUCUCAGGUUGAUUGGUUUCACGCAGAAAGGCGUCGUGAAGAACAAACACGAGAAAAAAAAAGAGCUGUUGAAGCGAGCGGGCUGCUUAUGUAAAACAAAACUAUGGUUUGAUUAAUAGGAACACUAAUACCGUGGUUGGUAUAUUUUGAUUC